AUGAAUACCAAAAAGAUAUCGGGUGAAAUUCUCCGUGAUGCCGAAGAAAGAUACCACAAACGGGCCAAAGAACACUUCAAAAAAUACCUUAAGGAGGAAAAUGAAAAGAUGAACAAUGUAAUAUUGGAUAAUUUGCCUAGUGUGAACGGUUAUCCUCUUUCCGCUUUCUUGAGCCGCAUGCGAGGAUACACACCCUUGAUCAGACAUGGAAUGACCCCACUGGAAAAGAUACUCGACGAGAAAAUAGCGGACCUCAGCGACAUGUCACAAACUUCCGAGGAUGGAUAUAAUAAACUCAAGGUAUCGUCUCGAGAAAAGAUUUGUGCUAUAAGAACUAUAUGUAGGCUAGCGGUAGAUGAAGAUGAUCGAGAAAGGAUGGCGAAUUGGUUAGCAAACAAUGCAGGGCCGUUAAAUGAAGCUGUCGCCGCUAGCUUGGCCACCGAAUGUCGUGACCUCUUGCAGGAAUUGAGUAUCGGAAUCUCGUUUCUGGCCCGACAAUUUCGCUUUCGCUUAUAUGACAAAUUGGAACUAGUGAUAGCAGGGUUAGUGAGAUCCAUGGCCAUAGUUCUGAUCCCUUGGGAAAUCUAUGUGGAACAAUUUCGCGACGCAAAAGAACAUCAUAAUGACGUAGAACUGGCCAGGGGUCGACAAUUGGUCUUCCAUCAUCCACGGAUAGAAUAUCAGUUUCAUGAGGCAAAUCAUCGAGUGCUUGGUUGCAUUUAUUACACUUUGGGAGAUCUUUUAUUCAGCUGUCCAUCACCAAAGCUGAUCCAUUUCUUUGAGUGUCGAAUAUUUCGACGCAAGGAAAUGACACGAAAUUUUUUGUUCACCAUUCUGAACGUUGUUGUGACUAAUUUAUCUGAGAUUCAAUCGGAGGCUGAACAACUUGCGAACGUUGAGAAACAGCCCAGUUCUGUAAGCAUCAUUGCUGGUCGGUCGGUCACACCGCUGAUGAGUCGAAGACGUAAAAUCUAUUCGGAGGCACUGUGGAAUGAGUUGCCAGCAAACCUAUACGCGGACAUUAUCCGUGUCUAUAAUGAUAGGAAUCGAGCAAACAAGGUCUUGAUCAGCGAGAUUAUGGCCGUACUCCGCUCGCACGCCCCAGAUAAACUACCUAUGUUCGAGGAAGCCACUCUGAAGGCAUUGGAAAUGUAUACCGGUGGCGGAGGCGGUCGACUGACUGAAACCUACCAAAUUGGUAGACAAACAGUCGGGCGUGAUGGAGAAGGGACCCCAACAGGUAUAGGAACAUCCGGGGCUCAGCGACGUAAGAAAUCAGUUGUGGGUGAAAUCGCAACUGGCCCAGGGAUAGAAAAAGCUGUUGGAGAAGCUGGAGGUCGGCGGAAGUCAAGCCGUUUCACACUGGUAGAGGUAGACCAAACCGAUAAAACAGACAAUCGAACCAUAGACACAUCUAGCUCAACAUCGUCAGAGGUCAACUACAGUUCAGAUUCCAGCAAGCAAGAGCAGAACAUUUCCCGACGAACUUUAAUUGUCCCCAAAAUACCGGACUUGAUUCCUUCAGGUCGAGGCCAUCGCGUAUAG